CUUUUUGAGUUUUUGUAGGUAACAAAAGGUAAUGCAUAUUUUCUAUGCAUUUCACAAUUUUGGCCAUAAAGUGAAAAAGGGACUUUUAUUUUGCUUUUCAGAGUAUGUCCUGUGGUGGCGUCAUAGAAGUGCGCUCGUUGCCGCUCGUCUGUCGGUUGAGGGAAGACUGAUGUGUUUGUUUGAAAUUAAAAGAUAUAAAAUAUGGCUUAAUUAAAAAAAAAAAGUAACGUUACUCCAGCAUCGUAAAUGUUACGAAAACUAUGUUAAAUAAUGUUAGAAUAUUGAAAUAGGGCCCACAGUUGUAUUUGUUUUCAGAAAACAAAGCGACAUACAAGCAGACUGACUGUCUACUUUUCAAGGCAUUCAGUGCACAGAAACCUGUCAACUACUAUGCUAUUCUGAUCCAAAUGAUUGUAAUGAUGGAGCUUGGUAAAGAGGAGACUGAUGCUGAAUCAUUCGCAAUUAAAGAGGAGACUGAUGCUGAAUCAUUCGCAAUUAAAGAGGAGACUGAUGGUGAAUCCUUCACAAUUAAAGAGGAGACUGAUGGCGAAUCCUUCACAAUUAAAGAAGAGACUGAUGCUGAAUCAUUUACAGUAACAGCUGAAAAUACCGAAGAACAAAGAGUGCACAGAAACCUGUCAACUACUAUGCUAUUCUGAUCCAAAUGAUUGUAAUGAUGGAGCUUGGUAAAGAGGAGACUGAUGCUGAAUCAUUCGCAAUUAAAGAGGAGACUGAUGCUGAAUCAUUCGCAAUUAAAGAGGAGACUGAUGGUGAAUCCUUCACAAUUAAAGAGGAGACUGAUGGCGAAUCCUUCACAAUUAAAGAAGAGACUGAUGCUGAAUCAUUUACAGUAACAGCUGAAAAUACCGAAGAACAAAGAGUGCACAGAAACCUGUCAACUACUAUGCUAUUCUGAUCCAAAUGAUUGUAAUGAUGGAGCUUGGUAAAGAGGAGACUGAUGCUGAAUCAUUCGCAAUUAAAGAGGAGACUGAUGCUGAAUCAUUCGCAAUUAAAGAGGAGACUGAUGGUGAAUCCUUCACAAUUAAAGAGGAGACUGAUGGCGAAUCCUUCACAAUUAAAGAAGAGACUGAUGCUGAAUCAUUUACAGUAACAGCUGAAAAUACCGAAGAACAAAGAGGUUCUGAUCAAUGGAAGCUGGAGGUGAAAUAUCUCGAGAUGAAGGAAAAUUCAGUUUUAUCUUUACAAAACUACCCUUUUGCAAGCCGUUCGGAUGAAGAAAAAAUAAGGAUCAAGGAGCUUGGACCAGAUCAACCCAACUUGAAUAUUCAGCAGCAAUCAAGUGAUCGCGGUCGCCCUUACACUCGGUCGUUUUCCAGGACGACUUAUGGCAAACGGAUUUGGCUGGCUGGAUGCGAUGUGAGCCAUGCAUUUUACUGUUUUCCUUGUUUACUGUUUCAAAGUCCAGGCACAGAGACAUUGUGGACUACGAAAGGUUUUCGUGACUUAAAACACCUGUCAGAAAGGUGUAAGCGACACGAAAGUAGCCGGAGCCAUCUUGAGAAUGCUAUGAAGCUUCAGUUUUUUGGGAAGCUUAGCAUUGCUGAACAGCUUGAUGAAGGCUACAGGAUAGGCAUUAAAAGACACAAUGAGGAGGUUACUAAAAAUCGACACAUCCUGUCCAGAAUAAUAGACUGUGUGAAAUUUUGUGGUGCCUUCGAGCUGGCUUUGCACAGACAUGAUGGGAGCUCCGAUAAUCCCGGGAUUUUUCGUGGUUUGGUCGAUUUUGUGGCUUCCCUCGACGGAGUCUUAAAAGAGCAACUCGAGAAUGCUGCCGUGUUCAAGGGAACUUUGGAAACCAUGCAGAACGAGUUGUUUGACCGUAUGUUGUCUGUUGUGAGGGAUCAUAUAAUUCAGGAAGCACAGACCAGCGCCUUUCUUUCCAUUCAGGUUGACGAGACCACUGAUAUUGCAACACAACUUGUGCUUGUGCUGCGCUACAUUGAUGCCAAAAGCAAUGUACAGGAGAGGUUUUUUGCGUUUAUUCCUCUGAAUUCUACUACGGCUGAUUCCAUCGCUACAGCACUAAAAGAGCAUCUUGCGGUCAUCCUUCCCGAGGACCAGAAGAGUAAGCUCAUCUCUCAAGCCUAUGAUGGAGCCAGCGUGAUGAGGGGUGUUCAACGAAAGGUUCAAGAUGUGUACCCUAAUGCCCAUUACAUCCACUGCUACGCACAUCAGCUCCAUCAAAUAGUGCAACAGGCCACAUCUUACAUACCCAAAGUGAGAAUUUUUUUUUCUGACCUUGAAGGAUUUGCCAGCUUUUUUACGAGAUCAACCAAGCGCACUGAUGUUCUUGAUAAAGUAAUUGCCCGUAGACUACCAACAUCAAGUGGCGUUCGAUGGAACGUCCACAGCCGUCCCAUUGAUAUAGUGUUUGCGCACAGAGAGGACCUCAUCCGCUGUUUUGAAACUAUACGAGACUCGAGUGGCUUUGACCCUGUUUCCAUCAGAGAGGCAGUAGCAUUGGCCAUGCUGCUGGAGGAUCAGGAUUUUACGUUUUUUCUGCAACUUUUUCACAAGGUCAUGCCACACGUGGACCUCCUUUAUGCCAAACUUCAAAAAAAGGACAUAGAUUCAGUCCACAUUAAGGGAAGCAUUGAGCAGUUCCAGCUGGGCAUACAGAAUGUCAGAAAUUCUUUUCAUUCCCUGGUUGACCAAAGCGUUGAAGGUGGUUCUCGACCAAAGAGACGGCGACCGCUCAAUCCAGAAGGGGUUGCAGCAGAGGUCUGUGAUGCCAUACUCAAACACACAAAGGAACGGUUCUUCUUCACAAACCAUCUUGUCAGUGCCACCUUGCUACAAGCAGACAGGUUUGCAGAGUACACAAAUGUGUUUCCCGAAGAUGCAGUAAGUAAGACUUUGAAGGCUUAUCCUGUGCUUUGUGGGAGUAAGCUGAAGACAGAGCUCAGUCUCAUCUACCACAAGGAAGAGUUCAGAAGCUGUUGUGGUGCUGUGGACCUUCUCCGGCUGUUUAUGGAGAACAGUCUUGAAGAGGUUUUUUCGGAGACCGUCACUCUUCUAAAGAUCCUCAUCACCACACCCAUGACCACAGUAGAAGCUGAGAGGUGCUUCACAACUUUAAAAAGAAUUAAGACUUUUUUGAGAAAUACCGUGACCCAGGAAAGGCUGAAUGCCUUGGCCAUGUUAUCAAUGGAAAAGAGACUGGUGACUGAGAUAACCGACUUUAACCAGAAGGUCAUUGAAAAAUUUGCAAGCCUGAAAGAAAGAACAAACUUUCUUUUCAAAUAAAGUAAUUAUGCUACUUUACUUUGUGUGCGUGCGCGUGUGUGUCUGGGUGGGUGCGUGUGUCAUGGUGUGUGUGUGUGUGUGUGUGUGUGUGUGUGUGUCUGGGUGGGUGCGUGUGUCAUGGUGUGUGUGUGUGUGUGUGUGUGUGUG